CCAUGUUAUGUUUUUUAGUUGAUGAGGAACUUGGUGCUUUGCGUGACAAAACUGUGCAAGAUUAUAAAGAAUUAUCCAUACGCGCAUUUAUGCACUAAAAGAUCUGGGGGAUAUGACAUGUUUUUCAAGCUUGAUGAUAAGUUUUACGAGAUGGUGUCGAAAAUAACUGACAUAAAACGCAGUCAAAUAUUUGACAAGUUAUGGCAAAAAUACGGAGAAAAAUUCAAAACUGAAGUUGUGACAAUGGAAGUUAUAUUCAACAAGAUUUGGUCAAAAAUUCUUGACAAACUCCAGUCAAUAAAUGAACAAUUUCUCAAUGGUAAAAUGCAACUCAAGAAAGUUGAUAAAUAUUUAGUUAUGUGCAAGACGGACUACGACGCCUUGGAGGAGGAGUUCAUGCUGAUUUCAAGAUUUUUCAGUGGCACAGCGCAUUUGGGUGAGGUAAAGAAGACACUUGGGGUCAGGAUAGAAAAAGUAAAGAGUUAUAAACAACUUUUUGAUGCUCAGCAAGCUGCUCUGGCAAUUCUAGAAUUAAAAGAAAUUAUGGGUCUUGAAGGCGAUUUUUCAGAAGUCGAAAAUAUUAAAGAGGUUAGACUAUAUACAUUUUGUUGUAUAACUGUUCCCUCAGCACUGUUUAUUUCAAGGUGUUAAUUUAGCACCAAAUAUGGUGCUAAAUAAAAAGGUACAAAAUAACAUCUUUUCGGGUGCCAUUUUAACACCACCAGUUAAUAAGGUGUCAAAACACCUAAGCAGGUGCUUAAACACAAAUUUUUUUGAUGUUACAAUAACACCGAUUUUGGACGUCUAGAACUGGCCUAAAAAGCACUUGAUUCGGGUGCCAUUUCACAUAAUAAAAGACGUGUAAUUAUCCUAAAAGUGUACAGACGUUUCCUCCUCACAAAGGCACGCAAAAUAAUAACAAGAAUAUUUUAUGCCCCACUAGUUUUGUAGUUUAUUUACACUCUACUUCAGCGUAGCAUUGUUAAUUGAGUUCACAUAUCUAAACACUGAUGUUGAUCUCCAGCUCUUCCAUGAGUCUUUGAAUCGAUAUUCCAGCGAUACGAUAUUUAGAAAUUGAGAUAUUUUGCCCACAAUUUGUGUGUCUAUUAACCUACACUGCUCCUUCGUUUUUCGCCAUUUUGAAUCUUUGUUUUUCGCCAUUUUGUGCUAAAUCAACACCCAAAUCGGUGUUAGAAUAAUUAACAGUUAUUCUACGAACUCGAGUUAUUCUACGAAUAUGAGCUAAUAGCCAAUGAGGCGCGUAGCGCCAAAUCGGCUAUAUCGCUCAUAUUUGACGAGAGUGAGUGGAAUAACUGUUUUAUUAUAUUCACAAGGUCUGAAUUCACAGACUUUGCUUUUCGGAUAUUUUCAAUAUUUUGCUAUUUUGUUUAUGUUUGUCUAUGAUUAAUGGUUUAUUUGAUGUCAUGUGUUCUUUCAGAUUAUCGGUGGGAGAUUUGAAAGUCAAGCUAUCAAUUCAGUGAGUGACAAAUUGCUUAAAGCUGGAGAUCUGUUAACGGAUAUCAACCCAACGAGGCGAAGUUGUUUAAAGGCAUUUACAAAAUGUUUUGAUCUGGUUACAUGGUUGAGAGAGAGCAUAAAAGGUAAAGAGUUAUCAAAGAACUAG